AAUGCACUUGCUUCUGCAUAACUAAACUGGGAGAACUUUACUGCUUGCCAAACAUAAGAAAGAAAACGUGCAUGUGUGUGUGUGUUCAUAAAUCACAUGUCAAGUGACAAGCUGGAAAAAAAGUCCAUCCUUUCCAGUAGAGAAAGCCAUCCGCACAGCAUGCAAUGAGGAUCGGAGGGACGGACCCCAAAGCAGAGCUCUUUCCAGCAAGAAGAGCCAACGGGAAAGGACACCAAGCUGCCGAGAAAGAAGGAGAGAGGAUGGGAGACAAGAAGGGAUGGCCCACCUUAUUGAACAAAUCAAGCACGCCGAUGUUGGUGGUCGAGAGCAAAAAUGAAAGGUGCCAUGGUCAAAACACACCAAGGACUGAUAGGAAACCUGCUGAAGAUGGCAUAUAUACAGGACAGUUGGAACCAAUAAAUGAGGGCCUUUUGUCUAGAAUCUCCGAUCUCUUACUGUGCAGAUGGACUUGCCGGAAUUGUUGCCAGAAGUGUUAUGACUGCAGCUGUUGCCAGUCAAACGAAGACGAAGUGGAAAUCCUGGGGCCUUUUCCAGGGCAGACACCUCCCUGGUUGAUAAGCAACAGAAGUGAGGACAAAGACGGUGACUCUGACAACACAACAGCUAGCGAACCUCCUGUGACUCCUCAGGACGAUUCACCAGAUAGAAGACGAUCCUCUUCAGAUACGUCUCGAUCCACUUACAGCCUGACAAGAAGGAUUUCAAGCCUUGAGGUGAGGCGGCCGAGUUCUCCCCUCAUUGACAUCAAACCGAUUGAGUUUGGGAUUUUAGGAGCCAAGAAAGAAGUUGUCCAGCCAAGCAUCCUGAGGAAAAGCUAUGCUCCUGAUGACUAUUUUAGGAAAUUUGAACCAAGACUGUAUUCCCUUGACUCCAAUAGCGAUGACAUGGAUUCCUUGACAGAUGAGGAAAUCCUGGCCAAGUACCAGCUGGGCAUGCUGCACUUCAGCACACAGUAUGACCUCUUGCACAAUUACCUCAUUGUCCGGGUGAUUGAGGCCAAGGACCUGCCUCCCCCAAUCUCCUACGAUGGUUCCCGGCAGGACAUGGCGCAUUCGAAUCCCUAUGUCAAAAUUUGCCUCCUGCCGGACCAGAAAAAUUCCAAGCAGACCGGGGUGAAGCGGAAAACCCAGAACCCAGUGUUUGAGGAAAGGUACACCUUUGACAUCCCAUUUUUGGAAGCCCAGAGGAGGACUUUGCUCUUGACCAUCGUGGAUUUUGACAAGUUUUCACGCCACUGCGUUAUUGGGAAAGUGUCGAUGCCCUUGAGCGAUGUCGACCUCGUCAAAGGUGGGCAUUGGUGGAAGGCUCUGAUCCCCAGUUCUCAGAAUGAAGUUGAGCUGGGUGAACUCCUGCUGUCCUUGAAUUACCUUCCUAGCGCAGGAAGACUGAACGUAGACAUCAUUAGAGCCAAGCAGCUGCUUCAGACGGAUAUGAGCCAAGGUUCAGAUCCCUUUGUGAAAAUCCAGCUUGUUCAUGGAUUAAAAUUGGCCAAGACCAAGAAGACCUCUUGCAUGAAGGCCACCAUUGAUCCGUUCUACAAUGAGUCCUUCAGCUUCAAAGUCCCACAAGAAGAACUUGAAAAUGCCAGCUUGGUCUUCACAGUCUACGGCCACAACGUGAAAAGCAGCAAUGACUUCAUUGGGCGGAUCGUGAUUGGCCAAUACUCAACUGGCUCACCUGAAUCCAAACACUGGCGAAGGAUGCUCGGCUCCCAUCGCACCGCCGUGGAGCAAUGGCACAGUCUCCGGUCGCGGGCCGAAUGCGACCGCGUCUCGCCAGCGUCCCUGGAGGUGACAUGAGGAGGACGGUGACAAUGCUGCCAACAACUAUUGAGCAGCGAUAGAUACACAAGACAAAUCACCCACAUAUUUGCACACGGACACCAUGGAAUCAACAGCAACUGGUAACAGAACAGUUGCGUUAACCUCCGUGCCUCCGUCAACAUUCACUCAUAAGUCCCAUUGUUUACUUGUUUCAGGACCAUGGACCCACCAUUUGUACCAGCCACUACAUUCACAUUUAUGGUCUUGACAUUGCUGUGUAGGACAGUGGAGACUGUUCCAAAGGUGUUUCACAGAUACAUUAUAAGGAUUCCUUUUUGGCCUGCUGUGUCAUUGUCUAGUGCAGACCCCAAACUGAAAAUGCUGAGUUGCUUUUCAGUUGCCUUUACUAAACCUUAACUCUACAUCCCUGUGAAUCAGUGUAUUGGAAGGUGUCCGUUCCCAUGUCUUUUUGUUGACGAAUGUGCAGUAAAUAGGAUAGAAUGCCAAAAUACUGUUUUAGGAUUAGAGUGUAGGGCACAAUCAGUCAUGUCUAAAUCCAGUCUCUUGCCUGUGUACACACUUUUUAAAAUGUGCUGUGUGUUUUUCUGUCUGGAAUUGAACGUGUGGGUGGAAUGUAAUGGAAGCAACCAUCUCUUUCCUCUUCCUCUCAUGAAUUGACAUUGUGUCGCAUGAAUCCAACCUCAUGCUGCCAAAGAAUCCCUGGGACACUACCAUUAAAAGCUACAAUGGGUCUACUUUUAUGGAAACCCAUUAAAGCCAAGCUGUCUCUUUUCCAAAGUGGGGUAUUCUAGGCUACAGUCUGUCUCUAGAAUUCCAGGGGUUUUCAGAGGUUUGGAGUGUAUGAGCUGCAUCAUUGGCUUGCUUCCCCUCUGCAAACAUGAAAUGGUACAGGACAUCUGUGUACAGCAAGAGCCAGUCAUCUGGUCAGAUGGUUCUGGACUGUGGGACUUGUACUCAAGAACUUCUGAAAGGCCAAAUAUUCCCCACCACAAAUGCAUGUAUGAGGUGAGGGCUGUUAAACUCAACUUCAUUGAGAGCCACAUCAGCCUCAGGGUUGCCUUCAAAGGGCCACUGAAGCCAUGGGUGUGUCAUGAAUACUUUUUAAACAUUAAAAACAUUAAAAGGGUUCUUUUAUUUCAUUCACAAUGAGACAAAGUAUACCACAGAGCAAUACAAAGAAAAUAAGUAGACACACAGACUCUAUAGCUACAUUGGGUACACAAACAAGGGGGUAUUACAUUUCACUCAACAGUCACACACAUAUAAACAUUCAUCAUGCAUAGAUUGCCAUCUCUUCUUCUUUCUUCUGGAAAAGAGAUCCCGAAGUAGGCCAGAUUGUAUUCCCUGCAAAUCUGCCAUUCUGCGAAUACACCAUCUCCUUCUAUCCAUUCAGAAUCCUCUGGUCUGCCACAAUUUUUGGGCAAUAAAAUAUUUCUGCUGAUGUUGUUCCAAAAGUUGUAAAUGAAUGACAGGUGUUUUCUUGCUAAAACAUGCUGACUCCAUCAGUUCCUGCGCAGAUGUUGGCUUUUUUUCCUUAACUGAUAAUUGGUUUUCCUUCUUAAGUAAGGAAUUCUUGUAAACACUUCUUUAACUUAGAAGAGUCAUUGUCUCUGGUAAUGGAAACAUGUGUUUUCCACCAAGAGUUCAACACUUAAUCAUUUGUCAGUGGUCAUCUAUGUCAGCAGUUUAGCAACUUUUAAUUAUACUUCAUGAAUUCUUCACUUCUUUUUGUAGUUUUCCAGGCUUCAUUUCUUAGGAUGGCAUCUUUUGCUUCUGUAAGUCCCAACUAUACUUCUUUCAUACAAUUCAGUUCAAUCCAUAUAUCAUUUUUGUCAGACUGAGAAUCUGUGGAUACAGAGAAAGGACCAAUUGUAAUUUCUUUUACAUAGUGGUCGGUGCCCUUUAGUUUUUCCCCUGUUUGGUCCCCAGAUGAGUAACAACUCCCAUCCCUUUUGAUGAUCCACCAUGUGGACCAGGAAUGAUGGGAAUUGCAACUCAACAGAAAUUUUGGCUCUGAAGUUGGGCAAAUUUUAAGGUCAGGCAUCAUCUCCACCAGCCUUGCAUCUCAAUGCAAAUCUCUCUCUCCUGACUCAACAGAACAAAGUGCAGCCUCCCAAAUAUUCCUGUAUCCCAACUCCCAUCAGUUCUAGCCAUGAUAAUGUCUAAUGAUGAGGAAUACAAGAGUUGUAGUCCGGCAUCUGGAGGAGGGCCAUAUACAGUGACACAGGAGAUCAGAUUUGGUGUAUGGUCCUUGAGUUGGACACACGUGUAUUAAACCUUGACCAGACUGUUGCUUGGUGUGCACCACUAGGCGCGUGCCACUAGCUGAAAUACUUUUAGCCUUCAAAAAACAGGAAACAAAGAACGGGUGCCUUGAAUGCGAUUUUUCUGCUUCUUGGGAGGGGGUUGGACUAGAUGGCCCAUGAGGUCUCUUUCAACUCUAUGAUUCUAUGAUGGAAUCAAAUGAAGAGGUGGGGAACUUGUAUAAAAAACCUUUUAGAAGCCUUUGAGGAAACAUUCACUCAGAGGCUGAUGCCAAGUUGUUUCAUCAAAUUGUGACAUCGACAUGAGCUGUCUGCCCUCCUCCCUGUUGGAUUUCCAUGUGUUGACCUAUUCCUGUUUGUGCUUCAGAAAAAAAUUGCCUCACCUUAUACUUAAAAACAUGGUGAUUUUUAGAGUCUAUAUCAGUGUUAUCCUAGCAAGCCAGCACACUGAGCCCCAACCUGAAAAGGACAUCAUCGCCACAUGAGAAAAAUUCAUGCCAGUUGGUUGGUAGAAGCGAAGGUUGUGGGGCUUUCUUAGUCCUUAAUCAUGAGGAGGCAGCCAUAUCUUCAGUGUAUUUUAAAACCAUGUUCCCCCUCUUCCCCAAAGUGGCAAGUCCUCAAAUUCAAACAGUUCUGCUUGUAUGAUUCUGUACGGUUAUCCUCCUGAGCAAGAAUAUGAGAAGGCAUAUUUAAAGAAAAUAAAGUUCUGUCUAUUUGUGUGAAGAAUGAA